CAGGAGCGCCAUCGUCGAGAGCAUAGGCCAGCUGCUGAGCGCGCAGGGAAAGAAACUGCCGAAGGGCGCCGUCUGCGGCACGCGUGCGGGUGGCGAGGAGGACGCGCAAGCGGGAGACGACGCGGCGGCAUCUGCGGCUGGCCCCGGGGAUCUCAUACCGCUUGCCGACGCCGAAGGCGCAGCGCCAAGCCGUGGCGCUGGUCGCGGAGCGGGCGGCGAUUCGCAUUUCAGCAUCGCGGAGGCCACCAGGAAGGACCUGAUGGAGACGCUCAUGACGCGCUCGCUGGACAAGAGCGUUUGGGUGCGCUACCGAGCGCUGCAGACACUCAACCUCCUGGCCUCUAACACCGGUGCGAACGGGCUGCCGCGUGACCAGUGGUCGCGCGUGUUGGGGAUCGCGACCCGCCGCAUGCAGGACUCCGCCAGUAUGACUCGGAAAGCUUCCAUGCAGCUGACCACAAAGUUGAUCGCAAAUCAUCCGUACGGCCCCGCGCUGCAGGGCGCCGGCGACGAGCGCGACAAGGCCGAGAAGUUGCUGCGGGAGGUGCAGGCGCGCUUUCAGAAGUUGCAGGCCGAGGAGAUCGCCGACGCCGAGCAAGAGGCCGCAGGAGUUGCCGACGACGCGCAGCAAGCUGAUGACGCGGAUGUCGAGGAGGCCCCGACGAAGGUCCGCCGCUUGAUGAAGAAGACGGUGACUGACAUGUCCAUCCAGGCCGAGGUCGACCAGGUCCUCGCCGACGCCGACGAGGGUGGUGCCCGCCAGGACGAGCGCAACAGGCAGCGUGAGGCCCUGGUGCGCAUGCAGGACUGCUACACGCAGCGCCUCAAG